AUGGCGUUGCCUGGCUCCGCUGCGUCUUCGGACUUGCCCGCCCCUGCGGGUUCCGUGCCCCCUGCUGUGGCCCCUGUGUGCGUUGUUAAGCGCUUCAGGAAGAAUCCCUCUGGGCAGUCUGCUUCGGUUAAAAGGGGAGGUUGUGCCAACGCCCAGGGAGAUGCGCUGGUUGAGGGUGAGGCCCCCAUCCGAGCUUCAGAAGCUGUGGGCUCUGAGCCUGGUGAGCCUAACUACCAGGCUGACGGUGUCCCGAAAGGGCGUGCCAGCGCCCAGGGAGAUGCUCUGGUUGAAGGUGAGUCCCCCAUCCAAGCUCCAAAAGCUGUGGGCUCUGAGCCUGGUGAGCCUAGCUACCAGGCUGAUGGUGUCCCGAAGGAGAUGGGCAAUGCUCAGUCAUCACAGUCUCGUGAUUCGCUACGUGGGAGUGAUCCCGUUGAUUUGGUGCCUGAGAAACCUGAUGGCCAACCCGUGGCCCCAGUGCCUAAAGUCAGUGCACCGGUUGGCAAGGCGAUCGGAUCCCAUGUCCAAGUGGGCCCCGCCUACAUAUCGCAGGCUCGUGCAACGCUACGUGGGAGUGAAGCCGAAGAUUUGGUGCCCGUGAAACCUGAUGGCGAAAUUUUAAGUGAUGGCGCGGCGCCUGGGCAAGUCGGGGUUCACCUGGGUAAGGGUGAUGCUUUUGAUCCCCCAGACAGACCUCUUGGACAGCCAGUCAGGUAUGAUGUGUCGAGCGCACAUCAACACACUCUACCCAGCUCGCCCCCUCAAGGUGUGGGAGACGCGGCACACGACCGCGUGAGUGCCUCCAAGGCUUCGUCAAGGGAGGUGACAACAAAGGCUAGGACCAAGGCCUCUCAUAGGGUUGAGUCCGAACAAGCUGUCAGACUUGCGCCGCCUGAAUGCGUCUCCGGGCCCAGAGUUCACCCGCAGAGUGAUGUGAGCCCUGCAUCAAGUAUUUCGGAUGCUGAAACUGUGGGCGCGCAAUAUUCCGAGGUGCAGUUGGGCUCCAAUGAGAACCAGGUUGCCCGUGGUGGACCAGGCCACGGCCCAAGCGGACCUUGUGCCACGGGGAGGGAGGCCGGAGCCCACAACAAGGCCUCAAGCGCCAGUGAGGCCAUCACAGAGCCCACUGGCAAUCCCCUUGGCGGCUCUGCCAAGUACGCACAGCUGGUUAUGAGCCCUCAGCUCGAGACCCCCUCAGGUGCCAUCAGCGCGUUCUCCCUAGAUGUGUCCAGAGCUCGAAAGCUCGAUGAGCCGAAUUCAUCAGCCAAGGCUCCUGCUGUGUCGGAAAGUUCGGGGCGACGUGCGUCCGCCGGUGCGAUGGUGGAUGAGGUCAGACCGUUCCAAAGGCGGAUUUUCAUGGGGCCCACAGGUGUCCGUGAUGUUCCUGGAAAGGUGUCUUUGCCUGAGAAACCGAGGGUGGUUACCCCGUUGAGUUCGCGACCUGUUUUUACUGGUCCUGGCUCCAUUCCCCGCAGGACUGAAUGUCUCCCUACGCGUGCCGUGGCCUACCCUUCCAGCGACAGGCAGAUGCCCCAUUCCUGGAACGUGUGCCUGAAGCAUCAACGUCCUUGCCUUCUGGUGAUCGGCCAAUGCCUCCACGACCUCCUAGCCCUAAGCGUAAAAAGAGGGAGCCCGAAAGUACCAGCCGAUCCAGUGGCUCUGCUUCGUCGGACGAGGGCAUCACGCAGGAUUGUGCAGAAGCCUUUCUGGCCAGGCUUGAUGCUCGUCCCACGUGUUCUGCGGGUCAUCCCCUGUUCUCCUUUGGGUCUCCUGAGCCUGGAUGGUGGUGCAGUGCAUGCAAACGCGUGUUUACCACGCGGCGCUUGCUUUGGGGUUGUAGGGUCUGCGACUUCGACAUUUGCGGAAAUUGCUUGGUCGAUAGUCAAGGUGGCUCCUUCCUCACUCCGGCUCCGGCUCGGAAUGUUGCUCAUGAUGCGGUCCCUGUUGCGCCGGUUCAGGAUGCCGCUCAAGAGGCAAUCCCCAACAGUGCACAAGCAUUGCCCUCAAUGA